GAGCUGCCUAUGAAAAUAACUUUUCCUACAUUCAGUAGCAUCUAGUCCUUUUCUUCAGGUCCAGACGUGUGUGAGGUCUACAAAAGCCCUCUUUCCUUAUUUAUUUAUCUAUUUAUUUAUUUAUUUAUCUAUCGCUUGUUCCCUUUAUCGUGUGAGCUGCUGGACACCUGAGGCUCAGCAUGGACGUGAAAGAGGAGAUGAUGGAAAUUCUUGAAAAGAUGUUGAGCAAACUUCUGGAUCUACCACGAGCCAAUGUUCUGGAUCAGAGAGCUUUCGUGGUGGUCGUCCUCUUCAUUGCCAUGUUCAUCUUCAUGAUCAUACUGCCCUGUGUCUACUGCUGCUACCAGGAGAAGACAAAACAACAGGCCUCCUCCAGUGUCCAGCCUCUCGAACCUGAACCCGUCUGAAGAGGGGGGACGGAGGACAUGCGGAAUCCAUCCUUCAUGUCUUUAUUCUCACGAUACAAGACCUUUAUGUCAGUAAAGUCCCUUAUUUUUGAUGAAAAAUAUGAAGAAAAUGAAGGAAGGAAUGAAUGAAGAAGGAAUUUAAUUUGAUCCCUUUAGUUCUGAGAUGUGGUGCAUGAAACAGAAAGAGAGAGUACGUCCUCUGCUGGUCAAUUUUAUAUAAUGUACAAAUGUUUGUAAAUCUUCAAAUGUAAAAUCAGAGGGAGUUCAUUGUUUGAUAUAGAACAAUGAUAAAAUUAUUAUUUUUAUUAUUAUUAUUUUUGUUCAACUAUAUGUAACAACUUUUCCCCAAGGUAAAUGUUUUAGUUCUUACACAUGUCUUAUUAUACUAUAAAUGUUACUGAAAAGUCACUUUUUUUCAAAAUUCAAAUGUACAGAUAUUAGUAUAAGCUCUGAGCCAGCAAUCAGCCAAAAUUAUGUUUUAUUAUCUAUAUAAAGCUGCUAUUUUAGCCUGUAAAUCACACAUU